CAACCGCUUGAGCAGCCGCGCUUCCGGCCGGGGAUCGCGGGGCGGGGCUGUGGCAUCCGGGCACGGAGUCACCUGCCGGCUGUGAAGCUGCCUGCAGCGCUCUCGGGGCACUCGAAGCCGCUCCACAGACUUCGCCGCCCUGGAAGGUGUUCCCAUCCGUCUGUCCCCAUCCCGCUGCCGGGCACUAUCUCGCCGGCGGCCCCGGGAGGCAGCGGUGCGCGUUCAUUGGCUGAUGCGCCCGUCCCCUCGGCGCUGACUGGCGCGGCGUUUCGUCAGUCCGGCGCUCGGCCAGUGCAGCGCUGAAUGCGCGGGCGGGGCGGCCGGUGAGAGUGCGUGAGGGGUGGUGUUUUCGAGCACUGAGGGCUGCUCGCCAUGGCUGGCGUGGAUUUGUUUUCGCAUCCCGCGCUGUACACGCGCUACCGGGCUGGGCUCUGCUCCGCCGCUGCACUGGCGCUGUUGCUCAUCACGACGCUCACCUACGUGCCGCCGCUGCUGGUGGCCUACCGGAGCCACGGUUUCUGGCUGAAGCAAAGCGCGUACCUGGAGCAGCCCACUGUUCGUUUCCGGUACGAGGUUCUCUUCGUCGCCACCAUGGGGUCCGGCCCAGGUAGUUUCUUGGCGUGGAGCACAUUCCCAGCGUUCAACAGGCUCCAGGAGGACCGGCUCCGAGUCCCGCUCCUGUCGACUAGAGAAGAAGACAAAAAUCAAGAUGGCAAAAUGGAUCAGUUGCAUUUUAAAUUGGAACUUCCACUACAACCAGCAGAGCAUGUAGUUGGCGUUCAGUUGAUUCUCCUCUUUUCCUACCACCUUUAUAGAAUGUCAACAUUUGUGAUGCAGAGCAUGGCUUUUCUUCAGUUUUUUUCUCCUGUGCCAGGCUCUCAGCUUUAUGUGAAUGGAGAUUUGAAAUUAAACCAGAGGCAAUUACUUAACCAUUGUGGACUGGAUACCAGAUACAAUGUGUCUGUGGUCAAUGGCACAAGUCCUUUUGCAAGUGACUAUGAUCUAACAAACAUCAUUGCAGCAUAUUGGGAUAGAAAUGUGACAACAGUGUUUUCAGAUCCCAGCCCUGUUUGGAUGACUGGAAGAGCGAUGGAUAUGCCAUUUAUCAUUAAUGCCACCAUUCACUACCCAGUAGAAGUUAUCUUAUAUCCUUCAAACACUGCACAUACUGUGACAUAUCAUGGUUAUAUUAUUUCAGCCCCCACCACAUACAGGAAAAAUGAAAACUGUUUUCUCCUAGAUGUGUUGCUAAUGUUUUUUUUUUUUGUUGUUUUUUGUUUGUUUGUUUGUUUGUUUUUUAGCUAUGCAAAUGCUACAGUUGUGGAGUUAAUGAAAUACCCAUUUGUCCAUUCCUUCAGAUGGUUGUGCUUGCAUAACCACUUUUUGCCUUUCUUUAUUGGGAACCUGUGUUGCUUUUCAGCUUUGCUAAAAAGGCCUUUAAGCAGUUUGUUAGCUAUUCUCAGGGAAUAUUUGUAGUACAUCUUGCUUUGGUUCUGCAGUACCUGCUGUCCUGAUCUGUGUCACAGAUGCCACUUGCAAAGCAUGAUACUGUAGUCUGUGACCUAAAACAAAUAAUUAGAAAUCUGUAUGCAAGAUCAUCUCACCAAAUAACUCCCGCAGCUGGAGGUUGUUACAUCUGUUCAUGUGCAGACAGACCAGAAUUUUUUAAUUUUUUUAAUAAAAUAAUUCUUUGUUCAUUAUGUUCUUCACUCUUUUUCUUAGACAAGAACAAAUCUGCAUUUAGAAGAAUCUGUAUGGAGCGCACUUCUUACAAGAUUUGUUUACUUGCCUGAAUAUUAACAAUAAGUACUUUCUGGUGACUCAGACACAAAGUAGGUUCUUUACCCAGACUUGGUUUAAAUAUCUUCUAGGACAGACCAUGUCCCCAGCUUUUGCUACCCACCAUGGUAGAAGGCUCUUAGGUGUUUCUGUGGUUCAGAAGCUUACCAUUUGUGGCACAAACUCAUGUCUUAACAAGAUUUGUGCCUUUCUGCCUAUGAUUUUCUUUGUUUAGAUAUUGCAGUGAUAGCAUCAGAAGCUUGUUUAUUAACUCUCCUUGACUUUCUUUAAAUAUCAGCCAGGAUUUUGGGAAAUUAUUAAAUUUGCCUGGAUCCAGUA